UACAAGGGGUGAGGAAUGCAGCCCAGAACCUCUGCUGCACAGAGCUGGCAAGUUGCUUUGUGAGCGAAAAGUCACGUCAGCACUUUUUCUCUCCUGCAGCCUCCGUUUGCUGUCCUUUAUUUUGAUCUGUUAACGGCACACUGCCGACGCUAAGCUACUUCAAUUGACGUGUUUCGGUCUCUUCGGUUAUUGUACUGCUUGAAUAUUGAAAUAUUUCGGAGGAUUCCAACGUGAAAUAUUUUAUUUAGUAAAAAAGAAACAUGACGGCGGAACUCAACGUGGGCCUGGGGCUGCAGAACAGUCAGUUGGGACUGGGCUGCGUUGACAACUUUGACUUAAUGAAGUUCGACGUGAAGAAGGAGUCUCUUGCCGGGCUCGAGCGCUCUUCUGUGCGAGAAUGCAACGGACUUUCGUCCACGGGCUCUCUGUCCUCCACCCCGGCCAGCACACCCUGUAGUUCGAUACCUUCCUCACCGAGCAUAAGUCCGACGGAUCAGCCUACGCAGCUGGAAGAGCUGUACUGGAUGAACGGAGGCGGCUAUCACCAGCAUAUCGAUGCGCUAAUGUUGGGCUUCACACCAGAAGACGCAGUGGAAGCUUUGUUUAGCGCCGGGGCCCACGGGCAGCUACCGCCUUCCCACCCUCAACAGCAACUUCAUCGAGCGGAUUUCGAGGGCUACAGGGCAUUAAACAAUCUCCACGGCCAUGCCCCACAACACCACCUGGGGAUUCCCGGCCACACAGACGGCCUGUCGGGUCACACAGGCCUGAUUAACCCUCACCUCAACCAGAGCCCGAACAGCCCUUCUCCAAGUUCACCCGAGCCGCACCAGCCGCUCCAUCAGUUCCACCACCAUCAGGACCACCACGGCGGGGUCACUGACAGCAUGGAUGAACGCUUCUCGGACGACCAGCUGGUGUCCAUGACCGUGCGGGAGCUCAAUCGGCAACUGCGUGGAUACACCAAAGAUGAUGUUGCCCGUCUGAAGCAGAAGCGCCGGACCUUGAAGAACCGGGGAUAUGCGCAGUCUUGCCGCUUCAAGCGGGUGCGACAGAAGAAUGUGCUGGAGCACGAGAAGACCCGCCUCGCAACUCAGGUGGAGCAGCUCAAGCAGGAGCUCACCCGGCUGGCCCAUGAGAGAGACGCCUACAAACUCAAGUGCGAGAAACUGACCGGUGUGAACGGGUUUCGCGAGGCCGGGUCCACAAGUGAUGACCCGUCCUCACCCGAGUUCUUUGUCUGAACACGUAUAUCCGAAAGAAAAUGAGAAGAAUAACGUUUAUGGCCGAUGAUAACGUUAAUUGUAAUAUCUGUGAAUCGUUUAAAAUGAAUAAUUGCAUAGGCUAUAUUUUAAUAUCUCAAUUCAUCUGGUAACUGAUAGCCUAUCGGCCCUGCCAUUAAAGGUGGCGUAUUCUUAGGUUAUUUUUGCCUGGUGAACUAAGAAUGUUUAUUUUUAUCAUUGGCCACUUAAUUCAUAUGAACCUGGACAUUCGCAAUGUGAGCCGUUGGAAGCCGGGCAUGAUGUUACUAAAAUUUUUCAAACUGGUCGCAGAAUACAGCGUGAUCAACACUUACGAAAACCAUCAGCCACACUCGAAACUCCUAAUGCUACAAACUCUGCCCAUGUGCCUUGCUUGCAAAUGGCUGGAUGGAUUUGGGCAUUUUGUGGAGAAUCUCGUUAAGUUUAUAGGCCAGAACUUUAAAUUGCAUUAAAAUACUAAUUAUGCAUGCUGGACAUGUAUGAUAAAAAUGUAGGCCUAUUUUGUAUUAGUUAUCUCAUUUAUCUGGAACGCAUGCACGCAGGUUUAUCUCAGAUCCUAUUGUGUCGGGGUUAUAGAAUUAUAUUUUAAUCUUUGUUCAUGCAGUAGCCUAUAGCUGUGUAGCCUAGCUUGAAAAUGUAUGACGCAGAAAAUUAGGCCUAAAUCUUUUAAAUUGAGUAGACGUUUUUUCUUUCUGUAGGCUACAAGCCAAGGUCUAUUCUUUCAAAAUGAGUUCUGUUGGUGUCUUAACGUCUUGGCCUAUACGAAUUAAUAAUCUGUACAUUAGGCUACGUGCACUUGGGUAGUUUAGUGCGGCCAACCAUAUCUUGUUUACGUUUGUUUGUGGAUAUUUUUAUUGCACCAAAUUAGGCAAAGUCUGUAUUAGACGAAAUGUUAGGCAUAUUAAUAUCAAAAAUUAUAUAGCACCCUAAUGCGGAGCUAAAACAUCAAAUGCAGCUUUAUAUGUUUAGGUAUGCUGUAGCCACUUGAUUGUAAGGCAUAGCCUAGUCUACAUUACGCUCCAUAGACUGGACUGCGUUUUUCUCUCUCAAAACAGCUGCUAGGCUAAAAGCUGUUUCGUAUACAAGUUUUGUUUUAGAUACAUUUUAAUUUAAACUUCUCAUGGCACAGUGGGUAGACGCGGGGCGGUCUAUACCAGUGAAAACCUUUCUGACUGUAAGGACAUUUAUUGCGUAACGCAUCUUUUGUUAUAUAAGUCAGUAUCUAGACUUCAAAUUUCAAGGACGUCUCGCUUGGAGAAUUAUCAGUAAUGCGAGCCUAUAGGCUAGGUGUCAGAAGCGGUUCGUAACGAAUGGUGUACAGCGCUCCCUUGGCUGAAGUUUAUUUACACACAGACUAUGCUACUCCUUUCUAUGUACAAGUAUGAUCGUUGCUCUCUUUUUUUCUGCUGGUCAGUUAGAAAGGAUUCAGAAUUUGAAAAGUCUGAUAAAAAAUAUACAUGACGUAGGCUUACUUUUAUAUUUUAUGAUAAUUCUAUUUGUUUUAUUAUUCGGUGGUUCUGGUUCUGCUGGCCAGACAUGUAGACUUAUUUUUUAAAUGUUUUAAAUAAAAACUUUCAGAGUAUUGACGAGUUGCGCAAUUACCCAUUACUGGUUUGUCGCUGAUUCAACUGUGUUGAAAUCAGAUCUGAGCUGCAGCUGCGGUGGUUAUUUUUAAUUAGAUUUAUUUUAAAAGGGAAACAAUUUUUGUUUUAUAUGAAUGGGAAAGGGGCUACUUGGCUUUGUGAUGAUUUAAUGUCAUUCAGACUGGUUUCUGUUGCAUCUUAUGUUUAAUUGCUUUUUUGAAGGGGGAGGGGGGUAAUUUCAUAUUUUGCAUAUUAAAGUAAUUGAAAUGUCA